UACACACAAUGGGCUAACCCAGCCACCUGCUACUUUCAUCUCAUCACCUUAGGACUGAUCAUCAAUGUUACACUCCUUUCAGUACUUGAUCCAACUUGACAACAUAACUCAUAGCAGGACCUCUUUUCAAUCUCUCACGUGAACAAUGUUCUUCCACCUGAUGUGUGUGGCACUGCUGGGCUGCUGUCUCUCCAUAUCGACAGCAAGCAUUUCUUACCCAAAAACCCUGCCAUGUGAUGUUAGUGUGACCAGCAACGGCAGUGUGGUGAAGGUGGACUGCACUGAGAGAAGCCUAAAAGAUAUCCCCCCUGGCAUCCCCAGAGACACUACCAAUCUGACGCUCACCAUCAACCAUAUUCCUAAAUUAAACUCCACCUCUUUUCACGGUCUGGAGAACCUGACUGAGAUUGACAUGAGGUGCAACUGUGUGCCCAUCAAAAUCGGCCCCAAGGACCGCAUGUGCACUGCCAGUGUGACAAUAGAGGAAAAUACCUUUACCAGCCUGAGGAAUCUGCGAGCGCUGUAUCUAGAUGGGAAUCAGCUCUACAGUAUACCUAAAGGCCUGCCUUCAAAUCUGAUCCUGCUGAGUUUGGAAGUGAAUCACAUUUAUUAUAUUUCCAAAGCAAACCUCUCCGAGAUCAGAAAUGUUGAGAUGCUUUACCUCAGUCAAAAUUGCUAUUAUCGUAACCCAUGUAAUGUUUCCUAUGAUAUAGAGGAUGGUGCAUUUUUACAGCUUAACAAUUUAACAUUGUUAUGUCUUAAAUCAAAUAACUUAUCCUUUAUUCCACAUCAAUUACCCACAAGUCUGAAGGAGUUGUACCUCUACAACAAUAACAUUGAAAAAGUCACUGAUGAGGAUUUCAAAAACCUAACUAACCUUGAGAUUCUAGAUAUUAGUGGAAACUGUCCUCGGUGUUACAAUGCUCCUUUCCCAUGCACACCGUGUCCAAAUAACUCACCACUUAAUAUCAGCAAGACUGCUUUUAAAAUGUUGACAAAACUAAAGACGCUGCGCCUGCACAGUAACUCUCUGACUUGUGUGCCAGCUGAGUGGUUUGCCAGCACCACAGAGCUUAGAGUGCUUGAUCUCUCAUCAAACUUUUUAGCAAGAGAGAUAGGAGUCACCACCUUCCCACAUUUCCUGGGCAAACUGGAAGAACUGGACCUUUCAUUUAACUAUGAACUUCAGAGGUACCCCCAAACACUGAGACUGAGCUGCAAUUUCUCCUCCCUCAAAUCCCUUAGAAUUCUCAGACUAAAGGGCUUUGUGUUUCAGCAGCUAAAGCCAGAGAGCAUUGCUCCUUUAAAACCUCUUACAAACUUGGAGGUUGUAGAUCUGGGUACAAACUUCAUUAAAAUGACAAACCUUAGCAUUCUGAUGGAGUUAAAAAGCUUUAAAAUAAUCAGUCUGUCUGACAACAAAAUAUCUUCCCCCUCUGACGGCCAAGAUGCUGUUGGUUUCUCUGGAGGAGAGCCCUUGUACUGGUCUCCCAUGUCGGGUGCUGCUCAGUACCAAAGUAAGGAAGUGAGAGAGAUUCAUUACUUCAGAUAUGAUGAAUAUGCACGCAGCUGCAAAUACAAAGAUAAAGAACUUGGAGUUGUUACAUCCUUUGUCAAAAGGCAGUGCAGUGAGUUUGGCAAAACCCUGGAUGUGAGCAGAAACAACAUAUUCUUCCUGCAUUCAAGAUUUUUAAAUCUUAGAGAGCUGAGAUGCCUCAAUCUGUCUGGGAAUGCAAUGAGCCAAAGUCUGAAUGGCUCUGAAUUUACCUAUCUGACUAAUUUACAAUAUCUGGACUUCUCCUCAAAUCGCCUGGACCUGCUCUACUCCACUGCAUUUCAAGAGCUGAAAAAUCUGGUCAUCUUGGAUAUAAGUAACAACAACCAUUAUUUUGAGUCUGAGGGCUUGACUCACAUGCUUAAUUUCACUAGAAAUUUGAAAAAUCUCAAGAUAUUGCUGAUGAAUCACAACAAGAUCUCUACUUCCACUAACACAGAGCUGGAGAGUCAAUCUCUAGAGAGGUUAGAGUUCAGAGAUAACCGGUUAGAUAUGUUGUGGAGAGAUGGGGACAUCAGAUAUGUCAAUUAUUUCAAGAAAUUACUUAAUCUGACUGUCCUUGACAUCUCUUAUAACAACCUCAAUUUCAUUCCACAGGAAGUGUUCCGUGGUCUGCCAGACAAACUGUCUGAGCUCUACAUCAAAAACAACAAACUAACAUACUUUGAUUGGGAGAAGCUUCAACUUCUACAUUCUUUGCAAGUCUUAGAUCUCAGUGGAAACAGCUUAACUGAUGUUCCAUCCAUACUGUCAAACUGUACCAAAUCUCUCAAGAAGCUCAUUUUACAUAAGAACCAAAUCCUAAAACUCACGCCAGAUUUCCUUAAGGAUGCCUACAUUUUAAAAUAUCUGGAUCUUAGUUUUAACCACAUACAGCACAUUGAGAAAUCUAGCUUUCCAGAUGAUGUUGUUAAUAAGAUGGACAUGCUGCUUCUGCACAAAAACAGAUUUGUGUGCACUUGCAACGCCACUUGGUUUAUCAAAUGGCUCAACCAAACCAAAGUGACCAUCCCCAGGCUGGCCACAGAUGUCACCUGUGCCACUCCGGGGGCACAAAGAGGUCAUCCCGUGAUCUCAGUGGACCUGCUGGCCUGCCAGUACAGCUACCUGUCAAUCAUCCUCUACAUCCUCAUGACUUCCCUUGUCCUCAGCUUCCUCACCCUGUCCAUCUCUAGCCAUCUCUUCCUGUGGGACGUCUGGUACAUCUACCACUUCUGCAGGGCCAAGCUCAAAGGCUAUGACCGCCUGUACUCCCAAAGCUCUGUCUAUGAUGCCUUUGUGAUAUAUGACAAGGAGGAUCCUGAGGUGUCAGAGUGGGUGAUGAAGGAAAUGUGCGUUCAUCUGGAGGACCGCGGAGACCGCCUCCUGACACUGUGUCUGGAGGAACGGGACUGGAUCCCUGGAUGUCCCCUGAUCGACAAUCUCUCCCAGAGCAUUCACAAGAGCAAGAGGACCGUGUUCAUUCUCACCGGCAAAUACAUUAAAAGUGGAAACUUCAAGACAGCUUUCUACAUGGCUAACCAAAGGCUAAUGGAUGAAAAAAAUGAUGUUAUCGUACUGAUCUUCUUGGAGAAAGUGCCUUGCAAUUCAAAGUACCUAAGAUUAAGGAAGAGACUGUAUAAGCGGUCUGUGCUGGAGUGGCCAACAAACCCUCAAGCCCAGCCGUACUUCUGGUUCAGCCUGAGAAGUGUAUUAGUAACGGAAAGUCACAAACAAUACAACAACCUCUUCAAAGAGACACUGUAAGUGAAACAAUAUGCUGUAACGCACAGUUCCUUCUUUAAUUUUUGAUUGCUCUUAAUGUACUUCUGUAUAUGAAUUAUAAUGUGAACAUCUCAUUUAAAUGUAAGAAAAAGAAAAUGAUUGUAAUAUUAAUGACUAAUUGUGUGCUGAUUUUAAAUUCCCUGUUUCACCUCACUCAUUAGAGAACUGGCUGGCACUAUUUGCCAUUUCCUCAGAGGAUUAUAAUUUUAAUUUUGUCUGAGAUGGCAAUGAAACUGCCAACACAUCAUGAAACAGGGAAAUGAAACAGAUGUACUUCCUCAAUUCACAUGCUACUUCUGUCCCAGAGACUAUCUUGUUGUGAGAACCAGCCAGUUCAUUGCUUUUGUGAUUGACUUUAUGUUUGAGCAACAGAUGGAUUAUUUUUUAAAUGUGUGCUGUAUAUUAAAGAUGAAGAACACAGAGAUUGAGUAGGGUAUUUCGACUUGACUUGAUGACACACGAGACAGGCACAGUUUUAUAGUUAUAGUUAAUUUUCAAUUUUACCUGAAAGUGCCAGAAAGUCACCUGUUUUCAAGACAUUCAUUUAAGGAUCAUAAGGAAUCAAUACAGUACAUACACAAUGGUGAGUUUUAUUGAUACAGGUUUCGCUGUACUUUUUUAAGCUUUGCUCUAUGUAUAGCAGAUAAUAGAUUUAUCUACUCAAAAUUAACUAAAUGUUCUACUCAUCAGACUUCUUCAGGAUGUGUUAUGGAUUUACUAGUUACCUGCAUGUGCUUUUUAAUUGGAUGUUUCUGUAAUAUAAGAACUUUACAGCACGAGAUAAUACUUGGACUAACUGUGUAUACUUUUAUUUGACUCCAAAAACUUUGACUCAUUGAAAACUGUUUUGCAUUUGUGAUAAUGGAGUGUUCUACAGUAAAUAUGGUACAUUAAAGUUUACUCACAACUGUGUGGGAAAAAAACUA